AUGCCUGCCGCUUGUUCAUCAGAUGGCCAUCUGAUGAACGUUUUGGAGCGUCCACAAGCGUGUGGAUGUACUACGAGUGAGUGCGAUGGCCUCACUUGUGGUACGGUCGUUAGUACGACUGCACAAAACCUUAGUGUACCAAACGGUUACACUUCGGAGCAAAGUUCCGGCGGCUGUGAGGAAACACAGGCUGCGCCGAAGGUCCACCACUCGAAUAAGUCGGGUGGACUGGGACAAAGAUGUAUCCCUAGCGGGGAACAUCUAGAAGAGAAACCAUCGAUCGCUCAGGUUAAGCGAAACGAUAAUCCUAGAUCGACUGGAGAGUCUUUCGUAGAGGAUCUCGCUGCGGUUGCGCAACCCCAGCUAGAGGAAGUAAAGGGAAUAAGUCCCAAGAUUACAAAUACGGCGGAAAUAAGUUCCCCGAAACCCGCGGGAAUAAGUCCCCGGGAAGACGAAGGAAUAAGUCCUUCGAAGCCUGAGGGAAUAAGUCCCCAGGAAAUGACAGAGACAUUAAAUGUCCUAGUCAAUAACGGAUCAAGUGUAGGCGCUUAUACACUUGAUCUGAUUGCGCCUCCGAAGUUAACUUCGGAGAUCACUCAGUUGCCAACGCUCGAACAUAAAAGGUUCUUGCGUGAUCUGCGUAGUGGCAAAGUCAAGCAGAUCUGCAUACUCGUCGCUGACGACGAGUGUGUAACCGACAUAAGGUCAGCAACAGUGUUCACUGAGAACGAGAGAGUUCUCAGUAGCUCAUCUAUGGACGAGAGUGUCCUAGAUGAAAAGACGCGAAUUGAGCGAUAUGACUCCCAAUCGUGGGAAUCGCUCAAGAAAAAUCCUCUCUAUGAAGAUUUGGUUGAAUUCAAGGAUGUAUUCCCUGAAACUGUUCCGUGCGAAUUACCGAAGGAUAAAGGUAUUCGACACGAGGUCGAGCUUAAACCAGGCUCGAAGUACUGUGUCAUGAAGCAGUGGCCACUGCCUCGUGAACAAGUACUUGCGAUCGACAAGUUCUUUGCCGAUCGUUUAGCUGCGGGCCAUGUGAGGGAAUCAACUUCCCCACAUAGCUCUCCGACCUUCUGUGUGCGAAAAGCAACAGGAGGGUGGCGGAUAGUGCACGCGCUCAACAAAUUGAACGCUGCAACGGUACCGGCUCAGACGCCGAUACCGAGGAAGGACGUAAUCAUUGAUGGUAUGUCAAAGAGUACCAUCUUUUCGUCCAUGGAUUUGAUGGAUGGCUUCUAUCAAAUCCUUAUGCGGGAACGGGAUAUACCCUAUACCGCAGUUAGCACGCCUAGCGGCAUGCUCUGGGAAUGGCUAGUAAUGCCACAAGGGCUCAGUAAUGCCCCUGCCACGAUCAACAGAUGUGUAUCACAUCUGUUGAGACCAGUACGAGAAUUCGCGCCGAGUUAUUUCGAUGACGUAUUCAUCCAUAGUCGAGCUAUGGAUGGAAAGUCGGACGUUGAGGUUCACAGGUACCACGUCCGACAAGUUCUUACAAUAAUGCGAAAGCAUCAAUUGUAUGCAAACCUCAAGAAGUGUAUAUUUGCAGCAAGCGAAAUACCACUUCUUGGGUGCAUCGUUGGUAAGAACGGUGUACGUCCUGAUCCCGAAAAGAUCAAGGCGAUCACCGACUGGCCUGUGCCGGUUGAUGUCAAAGGUCUUCGAAAAUUCCUUGGGCUAGCGGCGUAUUUGCACAAGUAUUCACGCAAUUACGCCGAGAUGACUGUGCACCUCUCUCGUUUGUUGAAAAAGAACGAGAGGUGGUAA